AUUUAACUAAAAGCUAGGGCAAAGAGGCCUUUCAGCUUUCAUCACAUCGUGCCGCAGACGAGGUAAGAUUGUUUCACUCACAUAUUUAAUGAAUUUGUUUGUUUUAAACCAGAAUUGUUCUGUCGUGCAAACACAUUUUAUAAUCAUGAGGCACCUCGUUCUCGCUAUUAAAGUAAAACGGGCUUGAAUAUUAAUUUGCAUUGUAAUUACCUAAUUUGGACAUAAGAUUGAAACGUUAAUCUGUAAAAAAUGGAACUAUAAAAAUGAUAAAGCAAUAGAUCUAUAGGUAUAAAAUGUAUGGUAUACUAAAGAUGUUUUCUUUUCUGACAGAGUCAAUUCCGACACUGUACGGCGAGAACUAAGAGAAGUGCUUUUCAGGUGGCACCGUGUUUCAAUAGUUGUAGCUUGUAACGAUCGGGUAUCGAAAUUUUCUUCUUUUUAAUCCUUCUUUUUUUAUAUAAGGAUUCGGAAUGUUCAUCUACAAAAACGCCGGCCAGUUUUUAUAUUUACAAACGAGUCAGUUGCCAGGAUAGGCGAGGGCAAUAGGAUCGAAGCUUGUUUAGGCAAUAGAUUUAUCAAGUGUAUUCGCGAUCUUUCAGACUUUAUCACAUUGGUUCCAUCUCGCUACAUUUUUCACUGCGAAUUUUCCUAGAGUUUUAUUGUCAGCGACCGCAUCCAAGUCUAAAGAGGGAAAGGAAAAUUUGUCUUCGUUUGCGCACUUCCUCUAUGUAGAAAGUCGAAUUUGGGUGUUUCACGUCGUAAUUGAGCUGGGACAGCAAAAAAAUGUAAAAAAAAAAUGUGAUAUGAGGGCCUGCAAUUUUUUGCUCAUUAAACCUACUGCGUUUUUGUCGUUGUCAUUAUAUCUCUUUGAAGCCACUCGAGUCCAGACAUUUUAUCUCCAAAAACGGGUCUACCUGUUAAAAAUUGCAACAGAAGGUUUUUAAACGUUUUUCGGUCCAGGAUCAUGUCUUCUACGACAUGUCAAGUCUGCAAAAAUUUGAGUUAAUUUAUAGUGCAGAAUGUAAACGAAGUUGCACGCAGUGUUUGUCUUGUCGCGCGAGGUUUAUGCCACGUACAACAUGGGCUAGCAACGAAAGAGAGAAUUCCUUGGCUGAUAUAUCGUGCCAGGUUCUAAUUACAUACCAGUUACAUGAAAUAAUCAAUCAGUAUACGAUUCUCAGUUUUGUUGAAGCCUGCAGAAAACGUCCACUCUUUACAGAUCGGAGUUGUUGUUCAGUUGCACCACAAUUUCUUCUCGCCCUUCCUCCGGCAUUGGCACCUUGCAUCACUUCACGGAUUUUGUUCAUCAGGAAGUACAAUGUACAAUCAGAAUGCUGCUCUUAGGCAGGGAACUUUUGUAUCUACUUUUCAUGACGAGUUUGUCCAGUACGCAGUCGACAAAGUUGGUUUCAACGUUAGGACUCUCCACGGGGUUGACACCUGCUUCUCCGAUGUGGGCUUGAUUGCAGUCGUCACACCUGGCAUCAAAGAGAGAUGAAAAGUCACUCCGGGAGAAAGAAAUACUUCCUCGUGAGCCCCGACAGCUGAACAUGAAAACAGAAUAUUGAUACUUAGCUCUUGUGACCUGUAACGUCCUGUGUGAGAUGUCUCUACUGUUUGGCACCCUGUAACGUCCUGUGUGAGAUGUCUCUACUGUUUAGCACCCGGUACCCUUCUUGGAGUGGCAUAAUGCAAUUUAUUUUCUCAGAAAGGAAGGCAUCAUGGAAUCUUCUCUGUUAAAUUUCUUCCUAUGAUCGAUCUGAUUUUCUUCCUAUGAUCGAUCUACAACUUAUGGAGCAUCUAAUUAGAAAUAAUAAACUGGCAGCACAUCAGAGAGGAAAUAGAAAGUUUCACUCGACAGAAACAGCUCUGUUGUACGUUACGGAUCAGUUGCUCCAGGCUAUGGAUAACAAGAACGUUUCCAUCAUGGUCUUAUUAGAUAUGUCUAAAGCAUUUGAUAUUAUUCGACACGACAUCUUGUUAUCCAAGCUACAAUAUCUCGAUUUUUCCCAGGGUGCGUUGCAUUGGUUUCAGAGUUACCUUUCUAACCGACAACAGUGCGUUCGAAUUGGUGACGCAGUUUCUAAAGUACUCCCACUUGAGUUCGCAGUUCCGCAAGGCUCUAUUUUAGGUCCGGUUUUGUUUACAAUCUAUGUUAACGACCUCCUUUCUGUUCCUAAACGUUGUCUAUCUGCCUCCUAUGUUGAUGACUGUAAAUUGUAUUUGUCCUUUUCACCUGCCGAGUUACCCACGUCCAUCCUCGCCUUAAACGAAGAUCUUACGAGAAUAUCUCAGUGGUGCUGUAAAAACUCUCUUUUGAUUAAUCCGGACAAAACUAAGGUUCUAGCUGUUGGAUUACCACAACUUUUAAAGAAACAGUCAUCAUUCAGUAUAACACUUUUUGACAAGGAAAUAACACCUGUGCCUGUCGUUAAGGACUUGGGUGUUCUUCUCGACACACGCCUCAGUUAUAACCAACAUAUCACUGAGACUGCCUCGAAAUGCCUUCUUAAAUUGUACCAAAUUAACAGAAUCAAGCAUCUCCUGGAUAGGAACACACUUUUGUUAGUAAUAAAUUCAUUUGUCUUUAGUAAACUCCAAUAUUGUUCAACUGUCUGGAGUAAUACCAGCAGCAGCAAUAUUGACAAGUUACAAAAAGUCCAAAACUUUGCUGGACGAAUUAUUCUGGGACUAAGAAAGUAUGACCAUAUUUCGGAUGGGUUGCGAUCGUUGAAAUGGCUUCCUAUUAGAGAGAAACUCAUUCUAAAUGACGCUACUAUGAUGCACAAAUGUAUUAACAAGCUUGUUCCAGACUAUCUUGCUGAUAUGUUUAAAUCACGUUCUCAAGUCCAUAAUAGACAAACUCGAUCAUCUGGUGCUUUGGAUAUACCUUUAUGUCGCCUGUCAACAGGGCAGCGCUCCUUUGCUUUCAGAGGAGCCAAACUCUGGAACUCCUUGAAUGAUAAUAUUAAGUCCUUAAAAUGCCCCAGGAAUUUUAGGCGUCAUCUUGCAAAUGUUUUAUUAAGUUGAUAUAUUUUUUGUAAUUAUAAUAUUAUUGUACUUACAUUCUUAAUUAAUUUAUAUAAAUUUGUAUUUUUUAUUCUAUUGAGCUGAAAAGCCCACUUAGGGAGCAUGUAUGUAUGUAUGUAUCUGAAUCCGGGCAAUUUUUCAUCCUGAAUUCUGUACCUGAGCAUGCUAAACAACACUGAAUUGCAAAUUCCAUCGUCACGUUUGGUUAGUUAUGAAAGCCUUCAACAUAAUACAGACGGAACUAGCUAACAGCGAUUUGCGCGAAGCGAAUCGGCAGAAUCGGAGCCUCUUUCACGCGGAGAUGAGCUUUCUCGAAAGUAUUAGCCAUCUGAUGGAGGAGUCUGGUUUUCGAGGAAUUUUGAAACUAACAUAUUUGUCUAUUAAAUGCUGUGGACCUCGUAAAUCAACUGGGUCAAGCAGUGACCGGAUGCAACAACACUUCUCGCCAGUAUGGAGUUGGCAAGGCAACAGUCCUGUUGAAAUUUGAGAAUUUAUCUUAUUUAGAAAGCAAGCAUAUGUGUCUCGCUGUCAUUGUUACACAUGUUACAUGUAUUAUGCUGUUUUAGCCAUUUUCCUGGCAGGUGAAAAGGCACUAGUCUUUCUUUUCGGUGUUAAGCCAGUGAUUGGUCUUGAUGCUCUCAGGCAUUGACAACACUUGUAGCGAAGACAUCUCAUAAACAGCCACAAUAGCUUCCCAAACUGCAACAGCGACCUGACUUCACAGUCUGCACGUUUAUUCACAAGUAAAGCAGUGGCGGGGAGAAGGUGAAAAAAAAGUCUAUAGAGGGCUGGAAAGAAAUUCAACGGUAAUGAAAAAUGGCCUGUCGCAGUGGAUUUGCAGCUUUGUUCAGUCACUCUUUUUUAGUUAAUCAGAUGAAACUGUUCACCUAUCUGCAGCACCAUGACGUGCAUCUGUCGCAAAAACAGUAUGCAGUGUUAUUCAGCCUAUGCAAGGGGUCUUCCUGCACUAUAUCUGCUGAUGCCCUAAACUACGAUACUGACGAAUUGGAACCGAAGUGUCCCAUCAUGGUAGAACCUAAAGGAUAACUAAGUUAACGAUUUUGGCGGAUUUUGGGGGAUUUUGGUUUUUUAUAUCAUAGUAUUAACGUUGUAAUCUUAGUAACUAGGAAAAUAAGUGACUCGAUUUGUUCCAGUAAUAAAAACGCUGAAACAGCAAUUUGUGGCUUACAGCCUCUUUUCAUGUCAUGCUAUUGGAAAAAGGGAAUUCUGUUUUGGGUCCUAUUUGGAAACUUUCCCAUACUGGAAUCUUUUGGAGACUUUUGGUAUGUUAAAGAAUAGGUUAUUUCUAACUGGUUGAAGCUUCUGUUGCAAUUAGUAAAAAGUCAGAUUAUACAAAAUGCCUGGACUACUCGUGAAAAUUCAUCCGAAAUUUGUACCUUUCGUAGAUUCUUUCUGAAGCAAUAUAGUUUAAUAAUGUGACCCUUUUCUCGAACAGGUUGAACUAAGACAGGAAAACGAUAAUGAAGCAAAUGCCAUGUUUUGUGUUUUAUGCGCUUUUCUUGACCCUUGGCGGCAAAUCAGCAGGUAAGAAAAAGAUUUCUUGAACCCUCUUAUAGUUUCUCGAAGGCCUCCCAAUAAUUCGAACCAAAUUAAAAUUGACAUCCCUUCCCCGAAUGAAACACUGUUUAUACCCAAAAUUUUUCGAACUCCGGAUAACUCGAACCGAGGACUAAAUUCCCUUUUCUGAGUCAAACACUGUAGUCUUACCGCCAAUUUUUCAAACCUCCCGAUAAUUCGAACUAAUUUUUCUUCCCUGGGAAGUUCGAAAAAUGGGGUUUUGAACUGUACUUGUCGCGUUAUUUCUCAUACGGUUCUUUGUUUCGCUUUAACUAACUCUUGUUUUCUCUUAUUCUCAAAAGCUCAAGAGAAGAGGGCACUUCCUAACCCUUACAAUUCCUUUGCUAGCGACUUGAACACCUGUCUUUUCAACGACUGGGCUGGUGUCUUGGAGACACCCGGUGCAUGUAAUGAAGAAGGUGAUGUCCAACUCUGUUAUGGGAAACACAAUGGAAACAAGGCACUCUUCGCUGUCUGUUUCAAUAAACUAACGCGUAUUCCAAAAUUUACUGCAAACGUUUAUACAAAAGGUGGUACUGAGGGAGAGGAAAACAUGAUAGGGAAUCAGGAAUGUUACGAAGACGCAUGGAAAAUAGAAAGUGGAUCAGGUAAAACUUUGCUGAAAGAUUAAAAUAUUAUCUUUACGCUCAGUGCAAGGUUGGUUGGAUAGCCUGAGAAAAAAGCCGACAUUUCGCGACGCCACCACUGAUUGGCCCGCGAAUUGCUUCAUCCAAUCAGAAGCAAUACCCAGAUUGGGAAGUGGCAUGUCAACAGUAUGAAACUUUUGCGCUCGUUUCUCUGAGGUCAUUUCGCGGGGAAUAAAAACCAGAGAUGGAGUCGCGAAAUGUCGACUGUUUUCUCAGCUGCUGAUUGAACAGCUUUGAAGAGAUGUUUUAUUGCCCGAUGAGAGUUCUUUCGAUUCGAGGACAAGAACGAGUACGAGUCGAGAUUUGAUUUGAAGUUUUUCACUCACUCCGAACACACUCCAGUAUUCUUAAUUGUUCUGUUUUUUUCACCAGAAAAGUUGGCACUUUUGUCUUUAUUGGUGGAGGUUAAUCCCUCUUCCGAUCGCAAAACGAUAAAAAUUCUAACAUUUGAUAACAUGUUGGAGCGAUUUUCGUAUGACCUUGAAAAAUGGUUUAGGUAAGUGUUCGUUAUUUGUUUUAUCAGCCAAGGGAUGAAAAGAUCAAAACAUGGACUCUUCGUUUUCCCGCCAAAGGAAACCAUACAUGUAAUAUGGAGAAGGCAUUAUUCGAUUUGCCAAUCGUGUUGCAGUAUGACUUCAAAGCGAAGUCUCGAUUGAUUUCUAGAAAGUUCUUCGAGCAUGAAGGUUUUUCACCCGAGCGUUCGCUUAACCAAACAAAAGCCACGCGCGUUUGUAUCCGUUCGAUAAACCAAUCAAAUCGCUCUAUUUCCGUUCUUUUUUGUUUCUGUUUUGUUUGCGUGUUUUCAUUUUAAGGUCAUACGAAAAUCGCUCUACCUCCACUACGACAUUCUCGCUAAAACUUGUUGUAGAAUGACGACGGCUGUCACGUUUUCGCGCCCAAAUGACGCUGGUUCACGCUUGCGCACUCCUUAGUAUUGAGAAAAUCUCUUACUCGUUGUCGUAAUCGUCUUAGGGCCUGUUUACAUGGAGUGUGGGACCCCGGUCUAGUGGGGCUGGUUUCUUUUGUUUACACGCACUUGGGGACACAAAACAAAAGAAACCUACCGUACAAGACCGGGGUCCCCCACUCCAUGUAAACAGGGUCUUAGAAUCUGAAGGCAACACAGUUUGAUUGAUUCAGGGUGACUGCCUUUAUUUUGCGCGUCUAGAUCGUGUUGGCGCAUGCUUAUCAUGCCAUCAGGAUCGCUCGUUGUGUGCUCGUUUUUAAUAAAAUUAGACCAUGACACAUUGGCUAAUGCCCCCUUUCACACCAAAGUUUAAACAUGUUUAAACGCUGUUCAGUUAAACACCGUUUAAAUUUGUUUUCUUUGUAAAAGCUGCGUACUGUGCUCUUAUUGAAGGUAUUAGAAUUCAUUUGAAUUUUGUGCUAAAGCUUGCGUUUGAGUUUUCCGUUACUGAUUUGUGCUCUUCAGUUUUAAACUUAGUUUAAUUAAACCUGUUUAGUUGGUGUGAAUGGGGCAUUAAGUCGGGCUUAAAUGCCUGUUCAUUAAAAUAUUUGCAGGAGCGACAGCGAAUGUAUCUCUGACAUUCCGGCUUUGGUCGGAAUAGAAAUUCGACGAUACGCGUAUAAAAAGUACCAUAAAGUAUUUCAAUGCCAAUAUUCAAAUACUUAACAAAAAAAUACUUCAUAAUAUAAAUUAACGAUUAUUUUAUAACAUAUAUUCAAACAGUAUUUGAAGGGUGGAUUCCGGACGAAUACAUAAAAACCAAAUGAGUCCCCAGUCCAAAGAUGCGAAACAAACAAAAGAAAAAACAAAAAUGAAAAGUUAGGACCGUAGAGGGGAAAUUGUCAUCAGGCAGCAAUAAACACUAAAAUUUUUUAGGUGAAUUUUGCAGGCAUACCAUUACUUGAAAAAGGUGGGCCAGCUCAGUGCAAUUUCAAGUUUCAAUCCAUGUCAAUCCUUUCCAUUCGUUGAACAGAUGAUAGGAAACAGUUUCAAUGCUUAAAUAGGUCUUGGAUAAAAAAAAUACUGUACGAUUAUUUUUGGAACUCAAUUAAUGCGAAGACAAGUUUUAGCUUUUUAAAAAGUGAGCAAAUAUCUUGACGUAGCCUCUUACAUUAGCCUCCUCUUUAACAGCAAUGUUGUAAAUGGUAACUGAUUCAAAAGAUGUAAAUGAACACCCACAACAGUCCGUACAAAACACAAAAUCUAACAGCAAUUGCUGUAACAACACUAAGGGCCGUAACUUCUAAGAUAUUAAUGAAAUCUUGAAGACCUGUACAACGAUCUCUCUAAAAGGAACACGUUAAUUUACUUAAUAAUCAUUAAUUAUCAUUGUUUGUUCGUAGGGUUUACCCCAGCCGAUCAAGCAACAACCAAUGAUUACGACGAUGAACGUCAAAAGGCUUUACUUGGUGCAGACAGGUUCAGUGGGAUCGAAAAUCGUUUUUUAGGGAAAGGUCAUCUGACUCCUGACGGGGAUUUCAAAAAAGAUGAAAACUGUGAAAAGAGUUUUACAUAUAUUUAUACCAACGCUGCACCACAAUGGCAGUUGUUUAAUGCAGGGAACUGGGCGGCCCUUGAAGGGGCCAUUAGAAGCUAUGCUGACCGUCCAACUGUUCCACCAGUAAACACGAGAACUUUGUACAUCUUCACAGGAACAGGCGGUGGGUUUGUAAUUUUUAGGCAACGUUCACAUGACACCGAACGAAUUUUCCGGCGACCGGCUGAAAAACUGGACAGGUCACCAAUUAGUUCACACGGAACUUUGAACAGCUAGGCGUCUAAAUUUUCGAAGGGUUAAGGUGAUUCCGUGUGAACAGAACUAACAUAAAUGCACGAAUUUUCAACCUAUCGAAAAUUCGUCCGGAGCCUUGUCAACGUAGCCUGAAGAAAAUGAACGCUCUUUUGCUUACGCGUUAAGACUAUGUGACUGUUUGCACCUGCUUGGCUAGCUCUUGUUAAGGGCCUGAUUACAUGGCAAGCGCCGGACUGGCCCGAUUUGCCGAGGCAACUUUUAGUCCCGAGAACGGGACUUCAGUUAACCGGGCUGGGUUCGUUGUCGUGUGAUGUCAAAGUUGAUUUUUAUUGUGUUUAACUAACGUACCUCGAUAUUUUGGCAAAGUGAGCCAGCCCGGAAAAUCGGAUUAGCCCACGGGCUCAUGAUAUUAGGCCUUCGACCAAUUUCUGCUUUUCGGUUUGAUCUGUUAAUAUUUCUUAAAAUUACACCCGUUGAUUUUUAUCUCAUUCCUUUGACAAUAAGUUAAAAAUGAUUUUUUAAAAAAAUUCGUUUCGUAGUUACAUCUAUGUUUAAGGUAAUCAUCUCUGAUUUUCUUAAAUGUAUUUCAAAGUUACUUUUUUAUGCUUUUAAGGUGGUGCAGCGCAAUACAACGGAGCAAACAUUGGCCGACUGAACAACAAAAUCGAGGUCCCAAGAUAUUACUGGAAAGCCGUGUGUGAUCCCCAGGCUCAGCAGUCUAUUGUCUUUGUUGCUGAAAACACACCUGGUAUUACAGACCCCACUGCAGUCAACGGUUGCCCACUUACUUAUCACAAACAAGGCCAAACCUACAACAAUAAACCACAACAGAGAAACAUGGGCGUAAUACAAUGCUCCUCGGUAGAUGAUGCAAAACUCGCCCACCCCCUUUUUAAACUACCAACGUUCAAUCCCGUUGUCUGCGGUCCGCAAAACGUGAGAGGCAAUUUCCUUGACCAAUACCUUGCAGAUAAAUUAAAAUGA